AUGUCUUCGUUAAACUCCGCAAAUUCUUCAUCCGUAAACGAUGACGUCACUGUUACCAUAUCCGAGACAACCUACUACGUCAUAGAGAUCAUCUUUGCUCUGUUUGCUUUAUCAGGAAAUUUCAUCGUUAUCAUAACGUACUUACUGGAGCCCCGAUUACGCAACACGCUCUCCAACAUUUACCUGAUUUCGCUCGCUGUGAGUGAUUUCUGCAUGGGAGCCAUUGCUAUUCCAAUCAUCCUGAUCGCCCUACAAGGAAUCCCUCGAUCUUUCCCAGCUUGUCUCUUUCUACUUUCUAUAUUAGUUAUGAUCGAUAUGGCGUCGGUGUUUGCUCUUUUGGCAAUGACAUUGGACAGGUAUUACUCCAUAAGCAGGCCGUUACGUUACUGCGUGAUUGUCACAAAGUCACGCGCCGUAGCGGGCGCACUCCUAGCCUGGUUUGUUGCUUUCUUGUUCAUAGUUCCCAUGCUGGCUGGUUGGCACAACGGACCCCCUUCCCAGCCUCAAUGCUUCUUUCUAGAAGUUGUCAGCCUACAGUACAUGACAUUUCUCUUCUUCGCGGCCAUCUUGGCGCCAUUUUUCCUGAUGUGUUUUGUGUACAUCCAGAUUUACUUCAUCAUACGGAAACAGCUCAAACAGAUGAGGGUAGUUCACGACAUCGGCAAUCGUCUCCGCAUCCAACAGUCGUCGGCUGCCGCCAAUGAGGAUCAAAUUCGCACGGCACAACGCAUGCAACAGCCGUCGACGAAUGCCGUCACGCGGGAUAACCAAAAUUUCUGA